CCCACCAGAUAGGAAAUCUUGUUCUUCAAAUGCAAAACAAUCCUGCCUCUCAAAUCAAUAUCCCUGCUAUCAAUCUUCUGACCCAACAUCAUAAGCUUAACUUAGUUCCUUAUUCUGAUUUUUCCGGAGGAGAACAAGACCCAAUUACUUGGUUGGAAGAUGUAGAAAAAGCAUUUGAAGCUAAUCAAGUUCAAGAUAAUCGGAAAAUCCCAAUAGUCAUUCCUCACUUGAAAAGCACGGUGGCCAUCUGGUGGGUUGCUGCCAAGACCAUUCAACCCGCUAUUGAUCAUUGGAACGAUUGUCAUCAUCAAAGACAAAGUUUUCACCCCCACUUCAUUGCCCAAUUUCGGACUCCCUCUCUUGAAAGCAAAUGGUUUGCUCAAUUAACUCAACAGAAGCAAGGCCUGACCGAAGAUUUCGAUUCGUAUCACGUGUCUAUCAAAAACUUCUCUGACGAGUAG